CAUUACAGUUCACCAGUCAACUACUAAUGAACCUGCAUGUUAUAACACACUGUGGGGUCAAGGGCAGAGAGUAAGAGGUGUUAGUCCAAAGCAGUCAGGGCAACAUUUUUGAUCAGUCAAAGAAAGUAAAACUAUCGUGCAUUUAAACCUAUUGAGCUUAACUAACCUAUGUAAAGCAAAACUCAUCUUUUUUUUUACAGUUGCCAACGAGAAUGGAGAGAAUAAGCGCCAUCCACUCGCCCGCUUCACACGCUCACGUUCCCAGAAUGCAUUGUGCACGGCUGUCACAGUCGUUGCUGGCAUCAAUGAACACAGAGGACUUGUGAUCGAUCCACGGAGCACCCAAGAGAUCCUGGCUGAUGACCUGCCGACCCCAGACGCACCUGACGCCAUGGGAAAGACUGCUAUCAGGUUGCGUUGUCUUGUGAAGCAGCUCGAGAGGGGGGAAGCUUCUGUCGUGGACCUGAAGAAAAACCUUGAGUAUGCUGCCUCAGUCCUUGAAUCUAUAUAUGCUGAGGAAGCAAGGCGGCUGAUGGAUCCAGAGGAUGAGCUGAGUGACAUCCAGUCGGACUCUGUGCCUUCAGAGGUCCGUGACUGGCUGGCUUCCACUUUCACCCGGCAGAGAGGCCUAAUGCGCCGUAACGAAGACAAGCCACGCUUCCGCAGCAUCGUCCAUGCAGUGCAAGCGGGCAUCUUUGUGGAAAGGAUGUACAGAAGAACUUCAAACAUGGCUGGUCUUCAUUAUCCCACCAGUGUCAUCACUGUGCUCAAGCACGUGGACACAUGGUGCUUCGAUGUUUUUGCACUGAACGAGGCGAGUGGAGACCACGCUCUGAAGUUUGUAUUAUAUGAGCUGCUCACAAGAUACGACUUGAUCAAUCGUUUCAAGGUCCCGAUUGCUGCUCUGGUAUCUUUCGCCGACUCAUUGGAGGUGGGCUACAGCAAACACAAGAAUCCAUACCACAAUCUGAUGCAUGCUGCUGACGUCACACAAACCAUCCAUUUCCUCCUCCUGAAGACGGGCAUGAUGCAUUGGCUUACAGAGCUGGAGAUCUUUGCUAUCAUCUUUGCAGCUGCCAUCCACGACUAUGAACAUACGGGGACCACCAACAACUUCCACAUUCAGACCAGGUCAGACACUGCCAUGUUGUAUAAUGACCGAGCUGUUCUGGAGAACCACCACGUCAGCGCUGCAUACCGACUUCUUCAAGACGAUGAAGAGAUGAACAUCCUGUCUAACCUUUCUAAAGACGACUGGAGAGAACUGCGGACGUUGGUCGUGGAGAUGGUGUUGGCUACAGACAUGUCCUGCCACUUCCAGCAGAUCAAAGCCAUGAAAAGUCUCCUGCAGCAGCCUGAAACGAUUGACAAACCAAAGGCCUUAUCUCUGCUGCUGCAUACCGCUGACAUUAGCCAUCCUGCCAAACGCUGGGACCUCCAUCACACCUGGACCUCUUCCCUGCUGGAGGAGUUUUUCAGACAGGGUGACAAAGAAGCAGCGCUCGGUCUCCCUUUUUCUCCUCUCUGUGACCGUAAUUCCACCAUGGUGGCCCAGUCCCAGAUUGGAUUCAUUGACUUCAUUGUGGAGCCAACGUUUACAGUGUUGACGGACAUGAUUGAGAAGAUCGUGAAACCGCUGAUUGAUGAGGCCUCUCGCUCUGGACUGGCUGGCUUCAGGCGCACCAGUGACGUCAGUAUUAACGGCAGUGAUGUGAAGAACUCCAGUGUAAAGAGUACGGGCUCAGAAGGCAGCUGCUCUCUGGCCUCUGUGGACUUCAAGAGCUUCAAGGUGACCUGGAACCAAGAGAUUUGUCUCAACAGGGAGACGUGGAAGGCACAGGCGGUCAAAGACCUGCAGGAGAAUACCAAGAAGGACUCAGAGGACAGUGGAAAGGAAGACAAUAAGACAGAAGCUGAUAAAGAGACAGACAGCGGUGUUAGAGUUCUUAAAUCAAGACAGGAGGAGAAGAAAUCAGACACGGGGAGACCCGAGGAGCUGGAGAACGCCAUUCCAAAGGAGAGACGGCCAAAAGAGGAAAAAGGAGACAGUAACUCAGGAGGAGCUGAGAGCUCACCGAAGGCUUCAGUCCUAAACAACAGCAUCAACAAAGAAGCUGAAGACCACACAGAGAAACAGCAGCAACAGAAUGACCCUCAGCCGGACUGCCCUGUGAUUCAGUACUGCAAGAGACCCAGUUACUGUGCCAGCUCAUACCGGCCGGUCAAGUCAAAGGUCACUGAAAUGCGUCCCAUUGAUGCAAGGGGGAAAGCCAGGAGACUUCAGCGCAUCUCCCUGCGGCGCAGGAAGUGACCUCAUAGUGUUAGCGGGAGGUCAUGAGUGUCAGACUUUUCUAUACGUCAUCACUGCGUAUCGUCGCCUCGUCUUUUAUGUCUUUAACUUCCUGAACAUGUUUUGGUUUAUAUAGUUUCUAAGUGCUUGCUUUAAGGUCCACAGAUGAAUGUAACUGAUGAUCUCUGGUAUGUUCAUGAUCAUACUCUUGUGUUUUUAUUGAUCACUGUCAUGGUGUGUUUUUGUUUUUAGUGAAAGCUGAUAUAUGAGCAGGCCUUAAAACCCUAUGCACAUGUCUUCUAACUGCAGCAUGGCUUCAACUGACAGCUUACAAAUCUAUCUAUUUAUCAUCUUUGACAAAAGCAUGUGAAGUCAUGUUUAUUGAGCAAACACAUCCUCUAUAUGUUCUUCAGCAGAUCAGGAGUGGAGGUUAUUCUUAUAGGCCUUUAUUUAUGGACUGCACUGCACUUCCCUCUGUCAGCAGGAAAGUGAAUGUCAUGCUUCCUGUUAGCAGCACAGUGGCUUCAUGCUCAGCUGAACACAAAGAAGUUUUAUGUUUUGCAUCAGUUAGCCACCUGAAGUCUGAAUUGUAUGGUGUUCUCUUUGGUGGUAGGUGUUAUGUUGCGUUCACACAAGACCUGAACGAUCGCGUUAUUUGUGUGAAUACAAACAUGAGAAUGUUUUGUGUUUACUUGCUUUAUUCGUGCGAACGACUCGCUCAAUUUGCGUGUCAAAAUCGCGUGUACAUGAGUGCCCAAGAUGCAAAUUUUCGCGAGAGGGAGGGUUCCCACUCUGUUGUUAUCAAACAAGGUUGAGCUCGCGGACAUUGAAUGGGGAAGCCGGUUAUGCUAAAGGGGGCGGAGCUAACUUCCUACUUCAACCAAUAGCUGGAUUCAAGUGACAGACAAAGUUUUUCACAACUCAGCAGAUCAUCCUCCUCCCUCUCUGUCCUCACAGUGAGCUCCUGUUUAUUCCUGAUCCCAUAAAAACAGGUAGAGUCACAGAGUUCAGGAAGCUGCACAGAGAUACAAUCAAAGUGUCCAAUGUAUUCUAGAUGAGUGAAUCUCUGCUGGUCCAUACGUCACACCUCACGUCAACAGGUGAUCUGCACGCUGAUUGACUAUCACACCGCAAUAGAUUCACUGGAGUUCAGAUAUUUCAACUCUUGUAAAUCAAUUGCAUUAUAUGCGUGAAUUGCGCCAUUCCUGUCGCCGUAUUCACAUGAUUCGUGCAGCCAGGCCACUACUCGCGUCUAUUCGUGUCUCUACAUUGACGUUACACAUAAGUCAUUAGCACCAAUGAUUUUAUUCGCGUUUGGUGUGAACAACCCAUUAGAGGCCGUUUCUAAAUGUGUGUCAGCCCAAUUACAGCUGGGAUUGGCAUCUCAAAACAGAAGUGAUAUAGAUAAUGACAACAGAAGUCAGAAGAGUUGAAUAUGAAUCUGUGGCUUUAAAUUAGUGAAGAGAAGCUGCAGACACAUUUCAAUCAAUCAAUCUUUAUUUGUGUCCCGUUAUCUCAAGACGCUUUUACAAACAGAGCAGGUCUAGACCACUCUAUGUCAAAUUAUGAACAGAGACCCAACACCAAGACAGGAUAAGACUCAGUCUGACCCCACCUUAAUCCACCAUGAGCAUUGCACCUCACAGUAUUUAGCUAGUUACAGCGGAGAGGACAAACUUCCUUUAACAGGCAGAAACCUCGAGCAGAACCAGACUCAUGUUAGACAGACAUCUGCCUCGACCGAGUUGGGUCUGGAAAGAAGGAUAUAGGAGAAUAAGAGAGAGAGGGAGCGGUGAUAGUGAUGAAAGGAGUAGUAGUAGCUGUUGCCGCUGGAGUCUGGAACGUCCACAGCAGGAGGACGUCUACGGCAGCUCAGAGGAACCUACGAGACAAGGGAGCUCAGGGACUCCAGAAAGGUCUAUGGCACACAGUUUGUUUAUUUUCUGUAACAUCCUUAAACAAUAAUGUAAAAACAUCAAUACCAAAACAAAGUUGCUAAUAUCAAAAACACCCCUGUAUGCUGGAAAUUUAACAUUUACCUCCUUUAGAAUUAAGACUUGAUCAGACAAAACAGACCCAUACCAGAAACAUAUAUACGUUCAUGAAAGAGGUGGACCCAGUUCAGCUUUUACUUUUGCUGUCAGUUUAUGAGUUUUCCAAUAAUCCCAUAAUAACCAAAGAGGACGUGUUCAGAUCUAAACUAAAGGAAUGAAGGUAAUCUCCUCCUGAACCUCCAGUUACUGUUAAGUACCGGCAGAGGUCCUUCUAUAAGCCAUAAACCCCCAAUCAAUACCUAUGACUAUAAUCAUUAUUCUUUAUUCUUUUAGUCUGAGACUGUUGCAUGAAGUGUGAUGAGCAGGAUGUCUUAAAGAAGAAUGGACUGCCUCUCUGUGUAGGGCCCUUUGUUCACUUUAAUAAAUGUGUUGAAAAAGAAGAAUUGCA